UUGAAGCACAAAUAAAUGCUAUUCAGAGUUUCAACCAUUAACCCACUAGAUUAGCCUCAUCCCUUUCAGACUAGCUACCAAUUGCUUGGUUCUUCAUGAAAAAUAAUGUGAAAACAUCUAAGUGCAGAUAGAUUGGUCUUGUGCAAAGUCUAGAGUGCAUGUUCACUAAUCAAAUAAUUCUGGUAAGAGAGCUUUGACAGGAGGAUGUCCCAAUCAAGAUUGUCAGUAGACAAGAAUUUAAGCUCUUCUUUUAUAUUUUGUUGGCGACAACAGAACAUUUCAGUACUUAGAAGCUUUCCUUGGUAUUGUCUAAUAACUUUUUCUGAGAAACUCAACCUGGGGUUAAUGGCUGUAGCUAAAAACAUCAAGAUUUAUGGAAAUCAAUGAUUUAACUACUUACUUAUCAAUAUAAUCCAUUAGUUUAUUUUUAAUGUAAUCAGUGAAAUAAGUUAAAAUUUUUAAAUAAGUUAAAGAAUCUGGUUGUUUUCGUAAAAAAUACACCCCAAAACCAACACCUCCUGCUGCGUAGAUGAUGACGUGUUUCCGGUGGGCGGUAAAAUCCCAAGAGGCACACUUAUUUAAGGAGCCAAAAAGGAAAGAGCUGUAGUGUUUCUGAGCCUGAUCAUGAAUGUCUUCUUUCUGCUGAGUAGUUUUGGCCUCGCCAUCACUUCUGUAGCUCCGCAAUGUUCCAAACCAACUGGAGGAUCAAACAUGCAUUUGAGGGAUGAGUACAUUGCAAAGAGCACAUUUGAAGAUGGGGCCAGUGUCUCUUUUAGCUGUGCUCCCGGCUACACAUCUGCUGGAGGGUCUCCACAGAUCACAUGCUCAGCUGGCGCAUGGAGCGCUCUGCAGCUGAAAUGCGAGAGGAGGAACUGUGGCGCUAUUCCAGAAGUGAAUAAAGGUGAUAUUGAAUAUAAAGAUGGGACUGAGUUUGGUGAUACAGCUGUGGUCACUUGCAGAUCAGGUUACAUGUUAGUUGGGCAAGCGGUACUCAGAUGUGAGGUCCAGGGAUGGACGGGGAGGGUGCCAACAUGUGAUGAGGUGAAAUGUGUCACUCCAGCUGAAAUUGUAAAUGGGAAAUUCAGUCCAAAGAAGGACUUUUAUGGUUAUAGAGAAGUUGUGCAGUACUCCUGCGACAAAGACCUUGAACUCCGUGGAUCCAGGGACUUAUUUUGUUCUGAAAAUGGGAAAUUCUCCUCUGAUGCCCCAACCUGUGUCCGAGUUGAAUGUAAAGACCCUGUGAUUAUAAAUGGAUUUUGGGAAUCUGGCUCUCGACCACCACACAAAUAUAAGGCUACAGUGACAUUUAAAUGUAAACCUGAAUACACAAUGAUUGGAAAACCUACAGUGACUUGUGACAUAGAUAGCAAGUGGUCACCUGGUCUUCCAAAAUGCACCAAGAACGAGAAUGCUCUUGUGGGAGACGGGAAUGCUCUUGUGGGAGGACUUACUGGUGCACUAGUAACCGUCCCAAUCCUGUUGAUUCAAAACUACUGGAUGUAAAAAUGUCGCCCUAAGAAGAACAACGUGACGUCUGAGGGAAUCGGGACGUUUACCACUACAACAUGAGCGCUUCAACCUCAAUCUCUGUUUUAUGCUUCAAGUAACUUUCAUGAUUUUUAGAGUUAAAAAUAUCCUGUAACAAUAUGCCGUAAAGACAUUCAUUUCCUCUCCCUUCAUUGUUUCUAGUGCCAGCAAUACAGCAGAGAAAAGCUUGGUCUUUACACUCAGGUUGUUUUAAGUGAAAUUUAGGUGUUUAAAAUCUUUUUUUAAUGUGUUAUUUAUUAUAGUUUAUCAAGCUAUUAGUGUUGAAGGUUCACACUGAAGAACACUUUAGGCUUUGUUAAAACACUCAUAGUGCCUUGGCUGUGGUCAUAUUUCAUAUACCUGAAAGGAAAAAGCCAUAUGUUGUAAAUUAUUGUUUGUGUUAGUUUUCAAAUGAAGUGCCUUUUUUACCACUUGUUGAAUGUUUGCAUUAAGAAUGUGCAUAUUAUUUAAUUGAAUCAACCAAGUUAUAGACAGAAUCAAAGGAAAUCAGUUUACCAAAAACCUUUCAGUUGUUUAUAUCAGUAAUUGUAUCUACUUACUGUUUUACAGUAUUUGAACACUGGUAUUGGCUGCCAUCUCAAAGGAAAUUUCUCAAUGUAUUCUCAAAAAAUGUUUGCACUUUUUCUUCUCUUUGGCAAAUAUUAUCUGAGGACAUAUUAGUUAAUAUCAUUUUGAUCAAACCGAACUUGAGGUUUUUCAAUAAAUUAAGAAGAAACCCAA